GCGUCCAUUAGCGUUCGAACUAGUACUAACGCGUCAAUCUACCCCGAACGAUAAUCACACGGCAAUGACGAGUGCGCAGCCGAAACAACAGUAGAACGUGCGAACGACCGCUGUCAGCGAUGGAACAGCGUGAGAAGCCGGCGCCCCCUAGAGGGCUGGCGCGGUGCAGGGAGGCGGUCUCCUGCCUCUACCACCACCACGGCCUCUUCUGCUCCAGCCACCCCUACGCGAUGAUUCUCUUCGUCAUCGUUCUCUUCUGCUACGUCUGCUACCCGCUGACGCGCUUCCCGUUGCCCGGCAACGCGCCCGUCGAGUUUGCGACGACGCGGAAGGAGUUUGAGUAUCUGCGGCAGACGAACGGGACGGAGACGUUCCGCCCGCGCUGGUACAACGGAUCCCCGAUGGCAUACAUGCAGCAGGUGCUGGUGAAGGCAGUCGUGAGGUCCCUUUGGGUAGCCGACCAGCAGCUGAUCCCACCGGACGCGUUCCGCGCGCCCCUCAGCAAGGUCUUUGACGUCGUCGACGUCAUCAACUCCUUCAAGGUCACCGUGAUGGACAGUGAUGAGGCGCUUAGGGAUACUAUAUGCUUUUAA